GUGGGUGCGGGGACGCCAAAUGGGGGACCCUUAACCAACCCACCGCCGCCGGCACAGUGCCCGGGACGACGCAGCAUGAGAAAUGAUGGGCGCGAUGGUCUUCCCCAGCAAGAUGAUGCUAGAGCUUGGAUAAGUUGGGAUAGCGAAUUCCGCGAAUUCUCACGCCGAGGGACAAGAGGGAAAUAGAAAAAAAACCCCCCCAGCAAAAAAGAAGACAAAUAUGGUACCUGUGUCACUAGUGUGCGACUAGGUGAUGAAGAAGCCGGAGGCCAAUUCCUCAAGACGUCGAGCCCGGCCAUCGACCCAUCCGUAAGAGACAAGCCUGCAGUCACAUGCUCGCUCGAGCGCGCUUCUAUACUCGGAAGAUCCCCUCCAUCUCGCGAACACAUCAGAAAAUGCCCAUUCACCACUUGAUGGUAGGGACAUGGACCCCGCCGGGGGCUAUCUUCACUGUCGCUUUCGACGAUGAGAAAUUGACGCUGGAGCUGGUGAAGAGGACCGAGAUCCCCCACGACGAACCCAUCUCGUGGAUGACCUUCGACCACACCAAGACGAACAUUUACGGCGCGGCGAUGAAGAAAUGGUCUAGCUUCGCCGUCAAGAGCCCGACCGAAAUCGUCCACGAGGCCUCGCAUACGAUGGAACAUGAUCCCCAGGCGAGCUUAGCCACGACCAACACCCGGGCCAUCUUCCUGCUCGCCGCGAAACAGCCGCCGUACGCGGUCUACUGCAACCCGUUCUACUCGCACGCCGGGCACGGCGCCGUCUUCUCGGCGUCGCCGACCGGGGCGCUCGAGCGCAACAUCCAGAACUACCCGUACCAGCCCGACACGGGGAUCCACGGCAUGGUGUUCGACCCGACGGAGACGUACCUCUACUCGGCGGACCUGCGGGCCAACAAGCUGUGGGUGCACAAGAAGGCGCCGUCGGGGGCGGUCGAGCUGGUGGGCAGCGUCGACGCGCCCGACCCGGGGGACCACCCGCGGUGGGUGGCGAUGCACCCCACGGGCAACUACCUGUACGCGCUGAUGGAGGCGGGCAACCGGCUCUGCGAGUACGUGAUCGACCCGGCGACGCGCAUGCCGGUGUACACGCACCACGCGUUCCCGCUGAUCCCGCCGGGGGUGCCGCGGCACGACACCAUGUACCGCAGCGACGUGUGCGCGCUGUCGCGGUCGGGCGACUACCUGUUCGCGUCGAGCCGGGCCAACAGCUUCGACCUGCAGGGCUACGUGGCGGCGUUCCGGCUGCGCGGCUGCGGGUCGGUCGAGCGGCAGCUCUGCCUCAACCCGACGCCGACGAGCGGCGGCCACAGCAACGCCGUCGCGCCGUGCGACUGGAGCGACGAGUGGCUGGCCAUCACCGACGACCAGGAGGGCUGGGUCGAGAUGUACCGGUGGCGCGACGAGUUCCUGAGCCGCGUCGCCCGAUGCAGGAUCCCGGAGCCGGGCUUCGGCAUGAACGCUAUCUGGUACGACUGAACGCGAGACAAGACGAGACGAGAUGGGACGAAAACGGGAACGGGAACGGGAACGGGCUGGACGGCUUCGUGAGAUGCGGCCGACGGGUCGUCGACUCGGCGAUGGCUUGCGGAGAGGGAAUACCCCUGAUAGAGGGAAGAAGGUCUGGAUAGAUACCUACUCAUACUGAUGCAAUGCGAAAUACUCAUAGAGAUUACCUACCUAGCUAAACGGACUAAUCAAUAUGGGUUAUCGAGUAA